UGCAUAUUCACAUCCCUCACACCCAUUUCCAGAAUGGCCAAGUCCAUCAAAAUAGCAAGAGCUCUUCUAAACGUUCUCGUCGUGUCCGGCCUCAUCGCUGGAUUCUUGCCGGCACACGUCUUCGGUCAAGAUUGUGGCUGUGCCGCCGACCUGUGUUGCAGCCAGUAUGGGUAUUGCGGGACUGGAGAUGACUACUGUGGGACCGGUUGUCGAUCUGGGCCAUGUUACUCAUCGUCCACGCCCACCACCCCGAGCAGCGGGGUCUCAGUGGCGGAUGUGGUGACAGAUAGCUUCUUUAAUUCAAUAAUUGGCCAGGCCGCCGCAAGUUGCGCGGGGAAGAGCUUCUACACUAGGCAAGCUUUCCUCGAUACUGCCGGUGGUUACCCCGAAUUCGGCACAGUUGGGUCCGCCGAUGACUCUAAGCGCGAGAUUGCUGCUUUCUUCGCUCAUGUUACGCACGAGACUGGACAUUUUUGCUACAUUGAAGAGAUAGAUGGUCCCUCGAAAGAUUACUGCGACGAAACGAACACCCAAUAUCCAUGCAACCCCAACAAAGGCUACUAUGGUCGCGGUCCCCUCCAAAUAUCCUGGAACUACAACUACGGACCCGCGGGACAAAGCAUUGGGUUCGACGGCCUCAACUCUCCCGAAACCGUGGCCAACGACGUGGUUGUGUCUUUUAAGACCGCCUUCUGGUUUUGGAUGAACAACGUCCACUCCGUUAUUACUUCCGGUCAAGGCUUCGGUGCAACGAUUCGAGCCAUUAACGGAGGAGAGUGCGGCGGCGGAAACUCGGGCGCCGUCCAAGCUCGGGUCCAGUAUUACACUGAUUAUUGUAACCAAUUUGGCGUCUCUCCCGGAGAUAAUCUGACCUGUUAGAGAGCAUAGAAAACCAGUCUCUUUUAUGGCAUUAUAGCCAAUCUCGGUUAGCACCAUAACCAUACUCGAUUUCCAAUAAUGUACGCCUUUUAAUAAUGGAUCUGAGAAAUAAAAGGAAUAUCAGCAUCUUGUUGACUAA